AUGGAAGGGACGCUCACAGCCCGGGACAAGGUCGGAGUGCAGGACUUUGUGCUGCUGGACGCCUAUACCAGCGAAUCCGCCUUCCUGGAGAAUCUUCGCAAGCGGUUCAGAGAGAACCUCAUCUAUACAUACAUCGGGACCCUGCUUGUGUCCGUGAAUCCGUACCAGGAGCUGGGGAUCUACACUGCCAGCCAGAUGGAGCUUUAUCAAGGGGUUAACUUCUUUGAGCUACCACCACACGUCUAUGCCAUCGCCGACAACGCCUACCGCAUGAUGUGCUCAGAGCUAAACAACCACUUCAUCCUUAUCUCUGGAGAGAGUGGGGCUGGGAAGACAGAGGCCUCCAAGAAGAUCCUCCAGUACUUCGCAGUGACCUGCCCGAUGACGCAGUCACUCCAAAUAGCCCGAGACAGACUGCUGCUGUCCAUUCCAAUUCUGGAGGCUUUCGGAAAUGCCAAAACACUCCGGAACGACAACUCCAGCAGAUUUGGAAAAUACAUGGACAUACAGUUUGACUUUCAGGGCAUCCCCGUAGGUGGGCACAUCAUCAGUUACUUGAUCGAAAAAUCCCGCGUUGUCUACCAAAACCACGGGGAGCGGAAUUUCCACAUCUUCUACCAGUUGCUAGCAGGUGGUGAAGUGGAGCGCCUCACCUCCCUGGGGCUUGAGCAAGACCCCCAGCUCUAUAAGUACCUCUCCCAGGGUCUCUGUGCCAGAGAGUCGCCUAUCAACGACAAAAACGACUGGAAAACUGUGUUCAAUGCCUUUUUAGUCAUUGAUUUCACAGAAGCUGACCUUGAGAACCUCUUUGGGAUCAUUGCCAGCGUCCUACACCUGGGCAACAUUUGUUUCAAGGAGGACAGACAAGGUUGUGCCCGCGUUCCGGACACGCACGAAAUCAAGUGGAUCGCCAAGCUCCUGGGGGUCUGCCCGGCGGUUCUCCUGGAAGCUCUCACCCACAGAAAGAUUGAAGCCAAAACAGAGAAGGUGAUAUGCCCACUGACAGUAGAGCUCUCUGUCUAUGCUAGAGAUGCCAUGGCAAAGGCCAUAUACGGGCGGACAUUUACUUGGCUGGUCAAUAAAAUCAACUCCUCCCUGGUCAACCAGGAUUUCACUCAAAAGACUGUGAUUGGGUUGCUGGACAUUUAUGGCUUCGAAGUCUUCGACAAGAAUGGUUUUGAACAGUUCUGCAUAAAUUAUUGCAAUGAGAAACUGCAGCAGCUGCUGAUAGAGAGGACGCUGAAGGCCGAGCAGGCUGAGUAUGAAUCUGAAGGCAUCGAGUGGGAGCCUGUUCAGUACUUCAACAACAAGAUCAUCUGUGAUUUGGUAGAAGAGAGACACAGAGGGAUCAUGUCUAUUCUGGAUGAAGAAUGCAUCCGUCCAGGUCCCGCCACAGACUUGAGUUUCCUGGAGAAGCUGGAAGAGAAAGUGGGCAAGCAUGCACACUUCCAAACAAGGAAGCUGGCUGGUCCGAAGGGCUGGAAGAGGAUUGGCUGGCUGGAGUUCCGCCUCCUGCACUAUGCGGGAGAGGUCACCUACAGUACCAAGGGAUUUUUGGAGAAAAACAAUGACCUGCUUUACAGACACCUGAAGGAGGUGCUGUGUGGGUCCCAGAACAGCAUUCUGAGGGAGUGUUUCCUGGUGGCAGAGCUGGAAAACCGGAGGCGGCCACCAACGGUUGGGACUCAGUUUAAGAACAGCCUGAGUAGCCUCCUGGAACUUCUCACCUCCAAGGAGCCUUCGUACAUCCGCUGCAUCAAGCCCAACGAGAGAAAGGAGCCCAGCAAGUUUGACGACUUCCUCAUCAGCCACCAGAUCAAGUACUUGGGACUGAUGGAGCACCUGCGUGUGCGCCGGGCAGGCUUCGCCUACAGGCGCAAGUAUGAGCACUUCCUGCAAAGGUACAAGUCUUUGUGCCCAGAUACCUGGCCACACUGGCACGGCCCCCCAGGAGAGGGCGUCGAGAGGCUGAUCAAGUAUAUCGGCUACCAACCUCAGGACUACAAGUUAGGAAAAACCAAAAUAUUCAUCCGCUUUCCCAGAACCCUGUUUGCUACUGAAGAUGCCUUUGAAUUUAGUAAACAUCAAUUAGUUUCAAGAAUCCAAGCUACAUACAAAGGCUGCCUGCGGAGGAGAGACUAUGUGAGGAAGAGACAAGCAGCCACAAAAUUAGAAGCCUACUGGCGCGGAGCCCUGGCUCGGAGGGAGAUCAAGAGGAGAAGGUGGGCUGUGCAGAUCAUCCGGAGGUUUGUCAAGGGUUUCAUCAACCGUGACAAACCCCUCUGCCCUGACAAUGAGGAGUUUGUACUGCUCGUGAGGAAGAAUUACAUCUUGAAUCUUCGCUACCACGUGCCAAAGAGUGUGCUGGACCAGAGCUGGCUGAGGCCUCCAGGCAUCCUGGAAAAUGCUUCGAAUCUGCUCAGGAAGAUGUGCAUGAGGAACCUUGUUCGGAAGUACUGCCGGGGAGUCUCAGCCGAGAGGAAAGCCAUGAUGCAGCAAAAGGUGAUCACGAGCGAAAUCUUCAGGGGGAAGAAGGACGGCUACACAGACAGCUUAAACCAGCCCUUCGCAAGCAGCCGGCUGGAUGAAGGCGACAUAAAUCCCAAAGUGCUCCAGCUGCUUGGCAGUGAGAAGAUCCAGUAUGGCGUCCCGGUCAUCAAGUAUGACAGGAAAGGCUUCAAGGCACGGCAGAGGCAACUCCUCCUCACUCCGAGGGCAGCAUACGUGGUGGAACUUUCCAAAAUCAAGCAGAAGAUCGAGUACUCAGCCCUGAGAGGUGUCUCCACUAGCAAUCUGAGCGAUGGAAUCCUGGUCAUUCAUGUUUCACCGGGGGACAAACAGCAAAAGGGGGAUGCCAUCCUGCAGUGUGACUACAUAUUUGAGGUGGCCACUAAACUGGCUAUGCUGAUUAAGAAGGAACAUGUCGUCCGCAUUGUUCAAGGAAGUCUGCAGUUUUACAUCAGUCCUGGGAAAGAAGGCACAAUACUUUUUGAGACUGGAGUGGAAGACCAAGUCUAUAAGGAUAAAAGCGGACAGCUAACAGUGGUGAGUGGCUGCACGGGAAGGGGUGGCUGCGUGGGAGGACGCACUAGAUGA